AUGGAGAACAGCAAGCAGCCAGUGAAGGAAGUGCUCCCCCUGCCUCGCCACCCUUCUCCACUUCCUGUGACCUCUUCCUCUCUGACCCCUGCUGCCACAUCAAAGAAACACUCCCCAGGCUCCAUCCAGCAUGUACAAGUGGCCUCCUCAGUGGUGACAUCAUUCAACCAUCUGAAGCCUCCAGAGAGGGAUCUCACCCUGAUGUCCCACAUGAAGUCUAUUAAGUCUCUGAGACACGCUGGCUUCACCGCGGUCUUCACUGGACAAACGAAGCUUGACAGCGAGGAGUUCCUGGAGGAGGUACCAAUCGUCGAUGUGAUCCUGGCUGACAUCGACUCCCUGGUGCCCACUCACGAUGAAGCUGGCCGCCCCAUAGCAGAGUGGAAACGACAGGUGAUGGUGCGGCAGCUGCAAAUCAGGCUGCAGGAUGAGGAGGAACAGAGGAGACAGGACAUGACUAAUGGCUGUCAACCAGUGGAUGGCUGGAAAUACUCACAAACCCACAAUGCAGUCUUGGGGCCCUUUGGUGAGCUCCUAACAGAGGAUGACUUGGUGUACCUGCAGCAGCAGAUCGAGACCGUUUCCCUGCAGAAGCGCUGCCAGGCCUAUGAACUGGAGCUGACCCGGCUGACGGAGGAGCUGAGGUCGAUUUUACCUGAUCCAAUUGUGAACAUUUCCCUCAACAAAGAGGUCCUACAAAAGAUGGACUCCGACGGGAAAAUGCAACAGACUUUGCCAUUGUGGUGCAGUCGUGUCUCAGAGAUUGUUAAGAGUAUGUCACUGCUGGUAGCUAAUCUAACACAAAACACAGAAGAAGGGGGAGAUGACGGUGGAUGCAGGAUUCCUCAUAUAGGGAUGGUGUCAGCAUUUAGCCAUCGUUUGGAGACUAACAGCUACAGCAGAGCGCGGCGGGAGAGGGUGGAAAGGGAGAUCCAGCAGUCUGGGGUGUCGGUCAGAAACCUCAGGUCCAACUUCGAGGGUCAGAUUGGUGGGAUUUAUCCCUUUGCUGGGGUUGUGAAAGGGGGCCAGGUAGUGUUUGGAUCCACAGGAGUAAGCAACCAGAACGCCAACACAGACCUCAGCUGUGAGGUGAGCCACUGUGAUCCUAAAAAACUUGUACCUGUGAUGGAGACAACCAGUUUAAGGAAAGAACGUAUAGUGGUGCUUUUCCUGAGCCACUGGAAGAAAUCUGCGUAUGCUAUUUCAGUGAGAGCAGCGAGGCAGAAACAGGGACAGGAAGCAGUGUUAGGGAGAGCGGCGGGAGCAUCGCACCCACAGAAGAUGACCUCCAUGUUUCAAUUCUGCCAACGGCGAGGUGCUGUGGACAAAAUGCUGAACUCCUGGAAGACUAAACUAGAACUUAAAGAUGCUCAAAAGUCCCUGUUGUCCUCUUCUAACUCCUCACAAAAUCCACCACCGCGAGAAACCUACUCCCCAGAGCAAUUCCUGCCAGACGUGGAUGGUGUUUCACUGAGCCACGAUAGCUUGACCCUCGACCUCUUCAUGCUGGGCUACUUCCACAUCUUGGAGCAGGAGUUGUCGCCUGAGGAGAGGAAGAUGAGGCACCUCCUCUGCUUCGAAGUCUUUGACCAUGUCGGCAGUUUCCCCUGGGAGAUGGUGAGGGACUUCCACAAGGCCGUUCUCCAGGAGAUUCAAGCAGGGAGGCGACAUUGGAGUGACGGCUUCGAAGACAUCAAAGUUAGCUUCUUUGGGGACUCGAGACCAUGCCGCUGUCCGUCAUCGGCGUCAUCACUGCUGCUGUCAGAUUCCAGACUCGUACCCAAAGUUAUAGUUCAAACUGCUACUCCAGAUGAGAGUGGCAGUGACACAGACUUCUCUUGCUUCAAUAACGAAGACAUUUGUAAGUACAUUGACCGCAGCUUUGCUUUCUGGAAAGAGAAGGAGGCAGAGCUGUUUGAUUUUGAACAUUAG